GGGGGAUUUGGUUGCGAGGGAUUGGAGAGGGCGCGAGGGAGAAGAGGUCGUAGAUCAGAUCUCGCAUUGGGCUCCCACGAACCCUAGCGCUGUUCUCCUCCGAUUCAUGGAGAUCUCCCGAUCCAUGGCGGUGGCCCCCUGGAUCGCCGCCGUGCUCCUCCUCUCCGCCGUCGCCGGGGGGCUCGGCUUCUACCUUCCUGGCGUGGCCCCCUCCGACUUCCAGAAGAAAGAUCCACUUUUGGUGAAAGUGAACAAGCUAACUUCGACAAAAACACAAUUGCCAUAUUCCUAUUAUUCUCUUCCACAUUGUCGACCAGAUAGUAUAGUUGACAGUGCAGAAAAUCUUGGGGAAGUUCUUCGUGGUGAUCGUAUUGAAAAUUCUCCCUAUGUGUUUGAAAUGAGGGAACCACAUAUGUGUCAGAUUGUCUGCAAGGUUACACUCAAUGAUAAAGAUGCGAAGGACCUUAAGGAAAAGAUAGAGGAUGAAUAUCGUGUCAACAUGAUUCUCGACAAUCUUCCACUUGUUGUUCCUAUUAAAAGGCUGGAUCAAGAUACUCCCACAUUUUAUCAGCAUGGCUUUUACAUUGGUGCCAAAGGCCAAGCUACCGGAAAAAAGGAUGUGAAGUAUUAUAUCCACAACCAUUUGUCAUUUUUAGUCAGGUAUCACAAGGAUAUGCAAAUGGACCUGGCAAGGAUUGUGGGGUUCGAGGUCAAAUCAUUCAGUGUUAAACACGAGUACGAAGGUCAGUGGAGUGGUAAUAAGACUCGCUUAAGCACCUGCGAUCCUCAUGCCAGACGCUCAGUCGUGAAUUCAGAUGCCCCACAAGAGGUUGAAGCAAACAAAGAUAUUAUAUUCACAUAUGAUGUUGAUUUUCAGGCGAGCGAAGUGAAGUGGGCAUCUCGAUGGGAUACCUAUCUUCUGAUGGCAGAUGACCAAAUCCACUGGUUUUCUAUUGUUAAUUCUUUGAUGAUUGUUCUCUUCCUUUCUGGUAUGGUUGCCAUGAUUAUGCUGCGGACUCUUUACCGUGAUAUCUCCAAGUACAACCAGCUUGAAACUCAAGAAGAAGCUCAAGAAGAGACAGGAUGGAAGCUGGUCCAUGGGGAUGUAUUCAGGCCUCCAGCUAACUCAGACUUGUUGUGCGUCUAUGUUGGUACAGGUGUUCAGUUCUUUGGUAUGUUGCUAGUGACCAUGAUUUUUGCUGUCCUUGGCUUCCUUUCUCCAUCAAACAGAGGAGGAUUAAUGACAGCAAUGCUCCUACUUUGGGUCUUCAUGGGUUUGUUUGCCGGCUAUUCUUCUGCCCGCCUCUACAAGAUGUUCAAGGGUACAGAGUGGAAGAAAAUUACCUUGAGGACAGCAUUCACAUUCCCAGGCAUCGUAUUUGCUAUAUUCUUUGUUUUGAAUGCUCUCAUCUGGGGGGAGAAGUCAUCUGGUGCUGUGCCGUUCACGACAAUGUUUGCACUCGUAUUACUUUGGUUUGGUAUCUCUGUGCCCCUGGUGUUUGUCGGCAGUUAUCUGGGGUUCAAGAAGCCUGCAGUUGAGGAUCCCGUCAAAACAAACAAGAUCCCUCGACAGAUACCAGAGCAGGCUUGGUACAUGAACCCAAUUUUCUCGAUACUAAUCGGAGGCAUUCUCCCAUUUGGUGCUGUUUUUAUCGAGCUCUUCUUCAUCCUUACCUCAAUCUGGCUGCAUCAGUUUUACUACAUAUUUGGGUUCCUUUUCCUUGUCUUCCUCAUCCUUAUCGUCACAUGUGCCGAGAUUACGAUUGUUCUCUGCUACUUCCAACUCUGCAGCGAGGAUUACCUGUGGUGGUGGAGGUCCUAUUUGACGUCAGGGUCCUCGGCGCUAUAUCUCUUCCUUUAUGCCACCUUUUAUUUCUUCACAAAGUUGGACAUUACGAAGCCAGUAUCGGGAAUUCUGUACUUUGGCUACAUGCUGAUUGCUUCCUACGCUUUCUUUGUUCUGACCGGCACGAUUGGCUUUUAUGCAUGCUUUUGGUUCACAAGGUUGAUCUAUUCAUCAGUAAAGAUUGAUUGAGAGGCAGCGAGUUCAUAUUGGUUCUCUAAUAGGGAGUAACAAAAGUUAAUACCUUCAGUCAUCUAGCUGUUUCUACAUUUAUGGAUUUUGCAUCAGCAAGACUCUGAGAGCAGGGAUUCAUUUACCUCCCCGGUUCAUUUAGCUUAAUCUUUUUUCUUGUUGAUAUUGUUAUAUUUGCAAUGAUCAAAUUAGGGUGCCUUUUUCUUUUUCUUGUUCUACAAUAUUUUUGUCAUGCAAAGGUUGUUUUACUCUCAAAGACUUCUGAACUAGUUGUUUCUGUCAGUCAAGUAACCAACCUCGUAUCCCA